AUGCUAGUUAAUCUUACUAUAACUAUUAUAUUAUUAAAAUAUACUUGUUCGAAUGCCCAAGGUGUACCUUAUAAUGGUACUUGUACUUUUACUCAUGAUUGUGCUGAUUGGCGUGAUGGACGUGUAAUAUGUGAUAUGACAAAGAGAUGUACUUGUAGACCAGUUCUUACUGAUACUAAUGGAAAAGUUUUUUGGAAUAGUACAAGUCGUCGGUGUGUUUAUUGUCCAGCAAGAUGGUUUUUUCAAGGAACACGAUGUUAUUAUUUUCCUAAUGAGAAAGCGAGUUGGUCAAAUGCUAGAGACAGAUGUCGAUAUCCUUUUAUGGCUGAUAAACAUGGAGAAGAAAUGAGUGUGUCAAUGAUUUUUCCUGAUACCUGGGAUAGUCCUUAUUAUACUCGAUUUUGGAUAGGUGCAAUGAAUGAACCAUAUGUUAAAUUUGGUGAAUUCUCAUGGAUUGACAAUAGAGGAUUUAGAUUUGAUCAAAAUAGUUCAAUGUGGUGUAGACCAAAUAUCAAUGGAGUACCAGCUGUCGAAGAUCCACAACCAUCAUGGAGUAACAAUAAUACCAAUGAAACUCGUAUUGCUCUUAUUCGAUGGAGAUCUUUACGUUAUAAUAAUCAAUCUGUUUUCUGUUUAAAUGAUGAACAAUCAGAUAAAUUAUCAGCAUUUGCUUGUGAACGAACAUCGACUAGUUUUAAAACAAGAUGUGAUACAAGUAAUAAUACUUGUCAAAAUGAAGGUAUAUGUACUGCUGUAACGGAGAGAGAACCGAUUCAAUGUGAUUGUACAGAAACACCUUAUGGUGGUACUUAUUGUACUGAUAAUUGUGGUUCAUUACCUUCACAUUGUCAUAAUGGUGGUAAUUGUACGAAACUAGGCUAUUGUGAAUGUACAUCUUUAUGGGAAGGACCACUUUGUACAGAAGCCAAAAAUCCAUGUCUUUCACAUCCUUGUCAACACAAUGGACAAUGCAUACAACUUGGUAAUACACCUAGUUUCAUGUGUAAUUGUGGAGAUUCAGGUUGGAUUGGUGAAUUUUGUCAUAUAACUAAAUAUCCUUGUCCAGCUGAUCGCUGUAUGAAUAACGGACAAUGUAAAGCAGUCGGACGAGAUAAUUUUACAUGUAAUUGUAUAAAAACUGGUUAUCAAGGAACAUUUUGUGAACAAGGUUGUUACAAUACAGAUAAGCCUUGUCAAAAUAGUGGCUCAUGUAUAGAUAAUCAAUGUUUGUGUAAUCCAUUAACAACAGGUGACUUUUGUGAAAUAAUCGACAAUAGUAAUUCAGCAAAUAGUCAAAUACAAAAAGAAACUAGUGCUUUAAAAAUAUGGUUAAUUAUUGGUUUAUGUAUUGUUAGUAUUAUAAUUAUUUUUGGUUUAAUAUAUAGUCGUAAAAAAUUAUUUAAAACACGAGAACAUCGAAGAAAUUCAAUUGAUAAUGAAUAUAAUUAUAAAUCUCAUGAAAAAAAAAAUAAUGAAAAUACGGACAAUGAUUCUGUUAGUACAGCAUUAAGUCAAGCUUCACAAAAUACAAAAUAUAUUCAAGAAUAA